UUAAUGCCGCCCUCUACAAUCUCGCACAAGGACAUGCGCAUUGUUGAUGAAUACCUGAAGUCGAUCUCUUCUCGCGACAGAAAGGCUGUCAUAACAACGGAAUGCUUUAAAACUAGAAAAGUAAAUAAUAUUAAUAAAGGUGUCAUGGCUACGUUCGAUGUCAAGGAUGGUGAAUAUACAUCUGUUAUUUAUUCAAUGAUUAAAGAUGGAAAGUUUGUUGAUGCAAUACAGAUAUUAUCAAAAGAAUUACAAAACCACCCAAAGUCAAGAGCAGCCCUGUCCCUGUUAGGGUAUUGCUACUAUCAGAUACAGGACUUCAACAAUGCAGCUGAAUGCUACCAACAGUUGGUAGAGAUCAACCCCGAGGUGGAGGAAUACAAGUUGUACUAUUCACAAUCCCUCUACAAUGCGUGCAUGUACCAAGAGGCUGUGAAAGUUACAUUUCAGAUAGAGAACAAGAACUACCAAAGCAAGAUAACCAAACUUCAAGCAGCUAUCAAAUAUGGAGAAGAAGACUUACCAGCAGCCAAAAGCCUAGUUGAACAAUCAUCUGCUGAAGACCCUGACACAGAGGUGAACCUAGGCUGCUUAUUGUUCAAGGAAGGUCGCUAUGAAGUAGCCUGCCAAAAGUUCCAAACAGCACUACAGAUCUUGGGCUACAGACCAGAUCUGUCCUACAACAUUGCUCUGUGUCACUACAGUAUGAAGCAGUAUGCCCCAGCCCUCAAGAACAUCGCUGACAUCAUUGAACGUGGCAUCCGAGAACAUCCAGAGCUAAGCGUUGGGAUGACAACAGAAGGAAUUGAGGUACGGAGUGUGGGUAACACCCUUGUCCUUCAUGAGACUGCCCUCAUCGAAGCCUUCAACCUGAAAGCUGCAAUUGAAUUCCAGUUGAAGAAUUUGGAAGCUGCACAAGAGGCAUUGACAGACAUGCCACCAAGAGCAGAAGAGGAGUUAGACCCUGUGACGCUACACAAUCAGGCAUUAAUGAAUAUGGAAGCAAAUCCAACCCAAGGAUUUGAAAAGCUCCAGUUUCUGUUGCAACAAAAUCCAUUCCCUCCAGAAACAUUUGGGAAUUUACUUAUACUCUAUAUCAAGUAUGAGUAUUAUGACUUAGCAGCGGAUGUCUUAGCAGAAAAUGCACACCUUACAUUUAAGUUUUUAAGUCAGUACCUGUACGAUUUCUUAGACUCUGUUAUCACGAAGCAAACUGCACCUGAAGAAGCCUAUCGUCGCUUUGACGAGAUGGCAACACGGCACACCGAACAGUUGCGGAAACUGACCAAACAAGUGCAAGAGUCGCGGCAAAAUCAUGACGAUGAUGCCGUCAAACAGGCGGUCAAUGAAUACGAUGAUGCUCUUGAAAGAUACAUUCCUGUACUGAUGCAGCAAGCUAAGAUCUACUGGGACCGAGAUAACUACAAACAAGUAGAAAAGAUAUUUCGUAAAUCGGUUGAAUUCUGCAACGAGCAUGACGCGUGGAAACUUAACGUAGCACAUGUGUUGUUUAUGCAAGAGAAUAAAUACAAAGAAGCUGCUGGAUUUUAUGAACCAAUUGUAAAAAAGAAUUUUGACAAUAUCUUGUCGAUUAGUGCAAUUGUGUUGGCCAACUUGUGUGUGUCUUACAUCAUGACAAGUCAGAAUGAGGAAGCUGAGGAAUUAAUGCGAAAGAUUGAGAAGGAAGAAGAGCAAGUAGCCUAUGAUGACCCAGAUCGCAAGAUUUACCACUUGUGCAUCGUGAAUCUGGUUAUUGGUACGCUGUACUGCGCUAAGGGUAACUACGAAUUUGGAAUAUCACGUGUCAUUAAAAGCUUGGAGCCCUACAGUAAGAAGCUUGGCACAGACACAUGGUUCUAUGCAAAACGUUGUUUCCUGUCGUUGCUAGAAAACAUGGCCAAGCACAUGAUCAUGUUGCGAGACAGCGUGAUUCAAGAAUGUAUUCAGUUCCUGGAGCAUUGUGAAGUGUAUGGCCGUGAUGUCAUAGUCCAAGUGGAGCAGCCGUUAGCGGAGGAGAGGAUCCACGAAGGGAUCAACACAUGUACAUACGAAGCAAGGGUUCUUAAGAGCCUCUUUAUGGAUCUUGUAUAAACAACCAUGACAAUACGAAAAUAACACCUUAAAUGGGAGGGGGUGGGGGUGGGAGAGUGGUCACAUGGAGCGCCAAUCAAAAACC